UUAUUUGCGAACAUGAACACAUGGAAUUAUUUACAUUUGUAUUCAAUUUAAAUUUGUUUAAAAGGAUUUUCCAUUGUUUUAGUUUGGUUUUGUGAUUUUCCCAGUAAGAGAUGUCAUAAAUUGAAAGCUAUUUUAGUCUUUCUGAUUUUUCUUCAGACAGAUUUUAAUCUUCAUGUGAUAUUCUAUUUUGAUCUUGUUAACCGGGCAUAGGCCAAGAACCCGGCUCCGAAGCAUACGCCGGUCAACAAUUCUUCAUCCUUCCUUUAAAAUGGUUGUUAUUUAAUCAAAACCUCAAAAAUUUGAAGUAGAGAAACCGUAAUAAAAAAAAAUCCCAGAGCGCCUUCUAUCUUUAUCAAUUUACGAUUCUUUAUCGUCAUCGCCUGUUGAUUAAUUAUUAAAUUGAAUAUGAGUACUGAAGGAAGAUCGGACAAAUCUGCUGCUGAUACAUUAAUGAAAAAAGUGUUAUCGAAAAGAAAAGGUGACUUUGCUGAUAAAAAUCCUAAAAGAAUUCGUUCGAAAGAAGUACAGCGUGGAUUGGAGGAUUCUACAUUAAUAGAAACUGAAUAUUAUUUUGAAAAUUAUCUUAGAAAAGUUUAUCCUUAUUAUUUCACUUACACGACAUUUUGCAAAGGCCGUUGGGUUGGAAGACAGUUAAUUGAUGUUUUUUGUGAGGAAUUUCGUGCUCAUUCUAAAGAAGAAUAUGAAAAGAAUAUAGCUGUUGGCAAUAUAAAAGUCAAUGGCAAACCUGUGACUGGCGAUUACAUUUUUAAAGAAAACGAUCGUGUUACUAAUAAAGUACAUAGGCAUGAAAUAGCAGUUAUUGCUGCUCCUAUAAAUAUUAUACAUUCUGAUGAAGAAUUUAUUGUUGUUGACAAACCUCCUUCAAUUCCUAUUCAUCCUUGUGGGCGCUAUCGACACAAUUGUUUGUUAUUUAUUUUAGCAAAGGAUUAUGGUUUGAAGGAACUAUACUCUGUUCAUAGACUUGAUCGUCUAACAUCAGGGUUGCUUGUUUUUACUAAAACCAUUAAAAAGUCUCAAGAAAUAAAUGAACAAAUCCGUGAACGGAAAGUUAAAAAGGAAUAUGUUUGUAGAGUAGUUGGUAAUUUUCCUGAUGGUAUUAUCCACUGUAAAGAACCACUUGAAAUAAUAUCUCCAAAAAUGGGCAUUUGCAUUGUAAGUCCAAAUGGUAAGGAUUGUGAAACCAUUUUUGAAAAAAUAAACUUUAAUGGAACUUCCAGUGUUGUUCGAUGUAAACCUCUAACUGGUCGGAUGCAUCAGAUUCGUGUGCAUCUACAAUAUCUUGGUCAUCCAAUUAUCAAUGAUCCAAUUUACAAUCAUGAGCAUGCAUUUGGUCCUCUGAAAGGAAAAAAUGGAGAAAUGGGAAAAUCCCGAGAUCAGCUGUUGGAAGACCUUUUAAAAACUCAUAAUCUUCAGAAAUGGCUCAUUGAUGACAAUGCACCAAUAAUACCUGCAGACUCUGAUGCUAAUAAUCCAAUAAAUGAUGAAGAAAACAAAAUGUCUCUUAACGCUUUAGAGUAUUACCUUAAAUCCGAUGGUUAUGAAAAGUUAGCGGAGAAAUAUGUGAAAAAACCUGAAAACUUUAUCAUUGAAGAUUCAUGUGAUCUAUGUCAUCAAAAGUAUAUGGAUCCACAACCCAAAGAUUUAAUAAUGUUUCUUCAUGCUUUGAAAUAUCAAGGUGAUGGCUGGGAAUUUGAAUCUCCAUUACCUUCAUGGGCAAAAGGUGAUUGGAAAGAGAAUGUAACUGAAGCAUUGUAAAAUUAUUAAUAAAAAAAUCUUAAGUAUUUGCAAAA